AUGCGUUUUGUUCACAGCUUAUUGGCGCUUCUUUUGACGCCUAUUUUUGUUGUGGCUACAUUCAAUAUUGAGGACCAUGUUUCAUCCGAUGGUGUUGUCUACGCCAAUGACCAAAUGCUGGACCAGAUCCUGGCCAACAAGCGGGACUACACGGUAGCUCUGCUGUUAAGUACUACCAACGACAGAUUCGGCUGUCACUUCUGUAACAUACUUGGUCCUGACUACCAUAUUGUGGCUUCGUCUUGGCGCAAAAAGAAUCCAGAUGGCAACAAGCUAUACUUUGUCUUUGGUGAAUUCGAGGAGUGCACACGGUCUUUCCAGAAACUGUCUCUCACUUCGGUGCCUUCUUUCAAAAUUUACUUGCCCAAUGCUGUUCCUCGUGGAGUAGGAAGUGACCAUCUCACCGCUGAGUUCAAAUCCACUGGCAAUCAGGUCGGUGCUCUCGUUGGUCUCUUGGGCCAACAGGGAUUCCACGUUGAAAUUGUCAAGCCAUUCCCCUGGGAGCGUGUUUUCAGAGCAUCUAUGACUAUCAUCGCUGUCCUAAUUGCUCUUGUAGCUUUCUGGGAUGUGUUCAAAAGGAUUAUCACUUCCCGCCAGCCCUGGAUCGCCUUCUCGGUUGUCACCGUUCUUUUGUUCACUGCCGGUCAAAUGUUCAAUAUUACCCGUGGAACUCCUCUGCUGGGUCAAGACAAUGGGAAAAUUGUCUACUUCCAGUCUGGUUUUGGAAAUCAGCUUGCUAUCGAAACGCAGAUCAUUGCUAUCCUAUAUGCCGUUUUGAGCUUCCUGACCAUUUCUUUGAUUGCUAAGGUUCCUCGCAUCACCAACCCCAAGGUUCAGCUGGGUGUUGCUGUUGCUUUGGCAUUGAGUGUUUACGUCGGAUACUCGUACUUUAUUGCCAUUUACCGUGUCAAGUACUACGGUUACCCUUACGGUCUUCUUCCUGUUUCAAUUUGA